GAAGAGGCCUUGCUAUGCUCGGUAGUGAUGCAAUGGAUGAUUGUAUUCUCUAUAUUUGUGGCUGGAAUAUCUCUAGAACGAUCUGUUCCACAGCCACUCCACGUGUUUUUGUCGGUGCUGGCCACCAACGCCAAUAUUGUUUUGUUUGUUCUCAAUAUCAGAAAAGUCAAGGAUGGAGUCAUAAAAGCAAGUAAGUUAAACAUUCCUGCAGACUUGAUUCUUUUCAACAGUAUGUGA